GCGGCCUCCCGGCUCCGGGCUUAGGCGAGGGGCCGGCCGGGAGGACGGACGGACCGAGCGACGUACCCUCGUAGGCACCGUGCGGCGCAGCGCGGGCGGCCCGGGGACCGACGGGCAGGGCGCGCCGGGGCAUGGGCGCGCCGGAGGUCUCGGUGCGCAGGCCGGGCUGGGCGCGCCGGCCGGGGCUCCGGGACAGCGGCGGGCGAGGGUCUUCCCUGGCGACCGCCGCUGAGCCCCCGCGGGGCCCGUGACGCCGCGGCCGAUGUGGCCCCGCGCGUUGCGGGCCUGCACCGCCGCCGCACAAAGACGCCGCCGCAGCCGCCGCCCGCACCCGGGCCGCAGCCGCCGCGCCAGCCCUAGCCCCAGGCGGAGCCCCGGCCGCAGGGCAGCAGGCGUCCGCGCGCGGCCCGCCCCGGCAUGGAGAAGCGCGCGGCCGCGGGGCCGGAGGGGGCGCCGGGCGCCAGGGCGCCGCUCGCAGUCGUCUGCCUGGUGAACCUCUUUCUCACUGGGAGGCUCAGCAGUGCAGUUCCCGCCUUAGGCAAAGCAGGAGCUACGUGGGGUUUCGGGUUUCAGGCUGCCACUGAGCCCACUGGGACUCAAGCUGCCUGCAGUGGGAAGUUGGAACAGCACACUGAACGUCGAGGGGUUAUCUACAGCCCAGCCUGGCCCCUCAACUACCCUCCAGGCACCAACUGCAGCUGGUACAUUCAAGGAGACCGUGGUGACAUGAUCACUAUCAGUUUCCGAAACUUUGAUGUAGAGGAGUCUCACCAGUGUUCCCUCGACUGGCUCCUGUUGGGCCCAGCAGCUCCUCCUCGCCAGGAGGCCUUCCGCCUCUGCGGCUCAGCCAUCCCACCCGCCUUCAUCUCUGCCCGUGACCACGUCUGGAUCUUCUUCCACUCAGACGCCUCCAGCUCUGGCCAGGCCCAGGGCUUCCGCCUCUCCUAUAUCCGAGGGAAGCUGGGCCAGACAUCCUGCCAGACAGAUGAGUUCCGCUGUGACAACGGUAAAUGCCUGCCUGGUCCUUGGCAGUGCAACAUGGUGGAUGAGUGUGGAGACGGCUCGGAUGAGGGUAACUGCUCAGCACCUGCCUCAGAGCCACCAGGCAGCCUGUGCCCCGGGGGCACCUUCCCCUGCAGCGGAGCCCGCUCCACACGCUGCCUGCCCGUGGAGCGGCGCUGCGAUGGCACUCAGGACUGCGGUGACGGCUCUGAUGAGGCUGGCUGCCCCGACCUAGCAUGUGGCCGGCGGCUGGGCAGCUUUUAUGGUUCCUUCGCCUCCCCAGACUUGUUUGGUGCCGCCCGUGGGCCUUCGGACCUUCACUGCACGUGGCUGGUGGACACGCAGGACCCGAGGCGCGUGCUGCUGCAGCUGGAGCUACGACUGGGUUAUGAUGACUAUGUCCAGGUGUAUGAAGGCCUGGGCGAGCGUGGGGACCGUCUGCUGCAAACGCUUUCCUACCGCAGCAACCACCGGCCCGUGAGCCUGGAAGCAGCUCAGGGCCGCCUCACUGUGGCCUACCAUGCUCGUGCUCGCAGUGCUGGUCACGGCUUCAAUGCCACAUACCAGGUGAAGGGCUACUGCCUCCCGUGGGAGCAACCAUGUGGGAGCAGCGAGGGAGAUGACGACAGCACAGGGGAACAGGGCUGCUUCUCAGAGCCACAACGCUGUGAUGGCUGGUGGCAUUGUGCAAGCGGCCGAGAUGAGCAGGGCUGUCCAGCAUGCCCUCCGGACCAGUAUCCCUGUGAGGGUGGUAGCGGCCUGUGCUAUGCACCUGCCGAUCGUUGCAACAACCAGAAAAGCUGCCCCGAUGGUGCCGAUGAGAAGAACUGCUUUUCCUGCCAGCCGGGCACCUUCCACUGUGGUACGAACCUGUGCAUCUUUGAGACGUGGCGCUGUGACGGUCAGGAGGACUGCCAAGAUGGCAGCGAUGAGCAUGGCUGCCUGGCUGCCGUGCCCCGCAAGGUCAUCACCGCCGCCCUCAUUGGCAGCCUAGUAUGCGGACUGCUGCUUGUUAUUGCCCUAGGCUGUGCCUUCAAACUCUACUCCCUGCGCACGCAGGAGUACAGGGCCUUUGAGACCCAAAUGACACGCUUAGAGGCAGAGUUUGUGCGGCGCGAAGCCCCCCCAUCCUACGGUCAGCUCAUUGCACAGGGCCUCAUCCCACCGGUUGAGGAUUUUCCUGUCUACAGUGCAUCCCAGGCUUCAGUGCUACAGAACCUUCGCACGGCCAUGCGACGACAGAUGCGUCGGCAUGCCUCCCGCAGGGGACCAUCUCGUCGCAGACUGGGCCGCCUCUGGAACAGGCUCUUCCACCGGCCACGGGCACCUCGAGGCCAGAUCCCACUGCUGACCGCCGCUCGUACCUCACAGACCGUGCUGGGUGAUGGGCUCCUCCAGGCAGCACCAGGGCCUGUCCCAGAGCCCCCAGCACCCAAUACAGACACAGGCAGCCCUAGGGAGGCUGGAGAUGGGCCUCCUAGUGGCUCUGGCCAUGCACCAGAAGUGGGGCCUUCAGUGCCACCCCCACCCUUAAACCUGCAAGACCCAGAGUACAGGCCAGAGGACAAGGAGAGAAAGGCCUGUGUGGACCCUCUGGAAGACAGCCCAGCCCCUGUGGACACGCCUCCAGAGUCCUGCUUGGCACAAGACCCCCACCCUCAGACUCCCCCUGCCAGUGGCACCCAAGACCCCCACUCAGCAGAGCCACUGGGGGUCUGCAGGAGCUCUCCACCAACCUGCUCCCCAAUAUUGGAGGCUAGUGAUGAUGAGGCCCUUCUGGUCUGCUGACCCAUUGGACACGCUGGUGACUGCCACAGCCCCGCUUUGGAACCAGGGAAUACACAGUCAUUUCUACCCUGCCUCUGCAUUCUUUCUUACAGAGGCCCACCUAGCAGCCCCUGUUAGGGGCCUGGGCUCUCAGUCAGUCAGCUGCCUCUGCAACCCUAUUGCUCUGAAGAGCUGCGUGGCUGGCAAGGGUUUCGGGGGUUGGCCUGGGGAAGAUGGUGGAGCGACGAAACCACCUCUGAGAUCAGCAUGAGCAUAGCCCUUGGAGUCUCCCGGCAAAUUGCUCUGCCACACGGAUCUGGGGAUUCAUUUCCAGAAAGGCAGGAGAGCCAGAACCAGGCUCUCUGGAAUGUUUCCUGUGGUUUCCCAGUUCAUUCACCUGCAGUUCUGCCCAUCCCCAGAACUGUGUCAGGAGCUGUAGUCGAGGCCUGAAAGGCCAUGGGGUGGGGUUGCACCUCAUUCAUGGUGAGUGCUUCCAUGCAGGGCCCCUGGGAAAGAUGGGCCAGUGGCUUCUGCCCCAGUCUCGUGCCUAUGGCAGCAGUAUGGGCCUGGCUAGGCUGCAUUAGUCCCCAAGCAUUAUGGUAAGGCUAAAAGUAUAUGAGAUAGGAUGACCAGUCUAUGCCUUCUCAGGAGACAGAAGUCAAGGUACCGGCUGACAAUGGAAACAACCAUCCUGUCCUGCCUCAGAGACUCAGUUUCCCCACCUGAAGCCAGGGCUGUGCUAUCAGAAGUAGUAGCAUUCACUCUGGUGAUUUUGGGGGAGGACAGUAGUCCCACUUAGGGAUUUCUGGGUUCUCUUGGAUCACUGAGUCGUAGAUGGAGCCUCACUGUCUCCUCUGGGCAGCCUCCAGUUCAACCAGCAAAACCCACUAGGGCUGAAAACCUCCUCCAUGGCACCUUCCCAGCUAGCAGCCCAUAUACCGCGCUGAGGCAUGUCUCCACGGACUCCCCUUACACACAGCAACAACCAGCCCUGUUUAUUUACAGGCAUUUCUGGAGAAGCUAGCAGGGCAUUGCUAAGGCAGGAAGCCCGACCCCAGUGGCCAGUCCCUUACAAUAGGCCUCGAAGGAUUGGGUCUCUCCCUCUCUCUCUCCCUCUUUUUUUUUUUUUUGCAGAAAAAAAUUUUUUGAAAACAAAACAAAACACAACCCCCUUCUCAAUAAACAUGUAAACAGAA